AUGUCCACAGCAAUUAAUGGAUUUCACAAAACUGGAAUUUGGCCUACCAAACAAGGCGUUUUCAGUGACAAUGAUUAUGCCCCAUUUGAGACUACAGAUAGGCCUAGGCCAGAUGUCACAGAUAAUGAACCCUCAACCCACGGGGCUACAAACACCAACCAGCUUUCUGCUGCUUUCAACUCACCUCAGCCUGCUGCUUCCGCCUAUUUAGGCAUACCUCAACCUUCUGGCGUCUCCAGCCCACAUCAGCCUGCUGCUAAAUCGGAUAUGUCAACUCCAGCUGUUCCCUCCGACAUUCUCCAGGCUGAUGCUGCAUAUGAAAUACUUGAACUUGCUGUUCCAAUUGAAAAUAUUCAGCCUGUUUCAAGUCAAAUUAAUGUUACUACAACUGCUGGAAAGGCUGUAACCAUUCCAAAAUGUCCAAGAACAGAAGACAUUGUACCAGUUCCCUGGCCGCCAUUCAAAAAAGAAGAGCCGAAAGCAUGGCAAGUGUUUAACAGAAAGAUGGAUGAAAGAGGGGAAGAAAUUAUAGGAAAUUUUUGUGACUUGUUGGGUGAGCCUAACCUCAGCAGUGAAAUUGUACCCAAAGAGGUAGAAACGAAACGUUCAGCCAAACCGCCGUGCAGAAUAGAAAUUGAACUAGAAGAUGAGCAGCCAUUCCUAGAGAGGACGCUGGCACUGGUAAAGCCAGAGGCAGUGAAGCACAUACAGACGAUUAAGAAGCUGAUUUUGGAAGCUGGAUUCCACAUAAUGCAGGAGAGGAAAGUCCAUCUCACUCCAGAGCAGGUGAGUGAACUGUAUUUUCAACAUUAUGGGAAUCUGUACUUCCCGCUACUAGUAGCACACAUGUCCAGUGGCCCAGUCAUUGCUCUUUGCUUAACAAAAACAAAUGCUAUAGAAGACUGGAAGCUUCUUAUGGGCCCAAAGUGUGUUAAAGUUGCAAGAGUGGAGUACCCUAAAACACUUCGAGCAAAAUUUGGAAAUCCAGAUGAUGAAAUCAGAAAUGCACUUCAUGGGAGUGACUCUGAAGAAAUGGCUGAGAAAGAGCUACACUUCUUUUUUCCUGAAAUGAUGUUGGAAUCUACACUGAAAGGACACCAUCCAACAUUCUACUUGGCAGAAAAAGUAAACCCUACUUUGGUUGAAGGAUUGACUGCUGUUUGCAAAGUGAAACCUGUAGAUCCUGUGAUAUGGCUUGCAGAUUGGCUGCUCACACAUAAUCCCAACAGACCCAAAACAAAUGAAAUCUUGUCUAACUUACCAACCUAA